CCAAUAAGGGAAAGAUAAAGUAAAGGUUUCCGAGGUUGUCAUUUGCUUAAGGGAAAAAAACGAAAACGUGUGUCUGUCUCUUCUCGCAGCGUCUCUCACAGCUCAGAUGAAUUUUGGGUUACCAAGUUUUUCUUGGUUUGGCAGCAUCAGCUCAAAGAAAGAUGUAACUAUGAUUGAAACCGUGACAUCGACGACAACUUCUCUCUUAGAACAGCCAGAACAAGGGAAAGGAACAACCUUUCUUCUGAAACAGUCAGAGAAAGAGAAAGGCUUAUUUGAUAUAAAGAUAUGGACUUGGUCCUUUAAUUCAGUUCUUCCUUGGGCUACAAAUGCCGCUGAUGGAAAGCAGAAACCCACUACUAUCAACAGAGGGUUAAAAAGGCAUGCCCUUUCUCGGAGAGCUUCAAGAUCAAAUGGUGUGAAUACUGUUUAUCGGUUUAGACCUUAUGUGUCCAAGGUUCCAUGGCACACAGGGACAAGGGCGUUUCUUUCACAGCUUUUCCCGAGAUAUGGACAUUAUUGUGGACCUAACUGGUCUAGUGGGAAAGAUGGAGGUUCGAUGGUUUGGGAUCAGAGACCUAUUGAUUGGUUAGAUCAUUGCUGUUAUUGCCAUGAUAUUGGUUAUGAUACUCAUGACCAGGCAGAGUUGCUUAAAGCUGACAUGGCGUUUCUCGAGUGUUUGGAAUCAAAUAAGCGUGUAGUUACUAGGGGAGAUGCUCAAGUUGCUCACUUUUACAAAACAAUGUGCAUUACAGGUCUCAAGAGCAUACUAAUACCCUACAGAAGCUACCUUGUGAAGAUACAAUACGGGCAAAAUCUACUUGACUUUGGCUGGAUAGUGAGCAACCUCAGCAAGAGAAGCUGGAGUUUUCAGAAAAAUUGAGACAUAACGAAGCAAAUCGGAGUUACUCUGCCAUCCUGGUAAGCCUUUGCGGGUGUCUUCACUUUCGUUUUGUACAUAGAAGUCGUAAAGAGAAGGAAUCUGAGGAUUAGGUUUUUUAGUAUAGAUAAAUAUGUUUAGUAUGAAAAUGUGGAAACGCUAGUAAGUGGUAUGCGUCUUUUAAACCUGUUGUACAUGUUUAGUAAUAAACCCUUGUCUUUGAAAUCUUUUUGUUUGAAUGCUAUAAGCUCUAUCAAAGGAUCAAUAUAACUCCAUGGAAACUCAUGAA